UUAUUUUACAGCUUUGUUGUCAUGAGGACUCUUACGGAAGCUAUUAAAGAAAAAUAUGAAGACACUGGACUGGAUACAGAUUCUGCUGUGGGAAUGGUCAAGGUUUACGCUCCCAGAAAGAGAAACAUCAGCUCCUCAUCAGAUGAUUUACAGCUGCCUCCAAGACUUACCAUGGAUUAUGAAAACAUAGACAGUGUUGGGGAUGAAACAUCCUUAAGCCAUAUGUGCAGAUAUGUUAAGGAGUUAGACCUCACUAAAAACUGUAUGAAAGACUGGAAACAGGUGUUCAAGGUGCUGGAGCUAAUUCCCCAGCUGGUGUUUCUCAACAUGACAUCAAAUGACCUUAGCAAGGACACCCUGCCAGCAGACUGCCAGGGACGCUCAUUUCAUUACUUGGAGACACUUAUACUGAACAACACAAAUGUCACCUGGGAUGAACUGUCAACUAUCUUGCCAUGCUUUCCUAGGUACGGUAUUCUUCAGGAGUUACACCUGAGUAUGAACCAGUACUCAAGCGUUGAAAUUCCUUCCGGUUUCUGUCACCCAACAUUAGUGCGACUCUACAUGAACGACUGUGAUAUAUCUGACUGGCACAAUUUCUCAAAACUGGGCCAGGCAUUUCCAAACUUGGUCUCAAUGACCAUUAUUGACUGCAAUAUCAAAGUGUUGCCUGACGAGGCUUCCUUUACAGAGUUCUCAGCUUUAACUUGCCUAAACUUAAGUCAUUCCAAUUUUGAAACUUGGGAAGAGAUUGACAAGUUCAGGAGAUUUCCGGUCCUUUCAAGUCUUCGAAUAACUGGCGUACCAUUUUUAGAGGAGACUGAGGCAUUUGUGCGUAGGCAGCAGUUGAUAGCUCGUCUUCCUAAUGUGACACAGCUCAACGGCAGCAACAUUUCCGACACUGAGAGGGAAGACGCAGAGAGGGCAUUCAUUCGUCUCUACAUGGAGACUGAUCACCCACCUGAAAGGUAUGCAACACUGGAAAAGAAGUAUGGCAGGCUGGAUCCCUUGGCCAAUGUUGACCUGUCCAUCAGCAGGAGCAUGAAUCUUCUGGUAAAAUUUGAAGACAAAAGCGAGUUCAUGGAUAUAAACCUCCAUCAAACAUUUGGAGAGCUGAAAAAAAUUCUCCGGAACUUCACACAAGUUCCACCAAGUCAGUUCGUGGUCUACUAUGUGGAGAUGUUUGAAGGAAAUCCAAAGGACACCAGAAAGUUGGUUUUACCCAAUCUGUCUCUGUUGUCACUGAAUAUGAAAAUAGGGGACGAGAUUCAUAUUGACAGAAAAUGAAUACCUUGGGUAUACUUAAAACUUAAAGAGUAUCAGAUCUUAAAGUGGUAAUGCGUUGUGACUUAAUCAAAUUAAUGUUUGUGGAAUUGACCUCAAUAAAAAUAGAUUUAAUUUAUUCCUUUAAGCCUGCAAUCCUGUGGUAAAUUUUUCAAAGCUUAGCGCUUGUGUGCUUUUAACCUAUUUACAUUUGUAACUGUGUGAUUGUUACUUGUAUGCAUUCGAACAAGCUGUUUUUGAAAUAGUCAGUGUUUGUUAGAACUUUGGCCCUUGUAAACAAUUAUAUUAAUAUUACCUACUUCCUGUGCUUCAUGUUGACAAUGCCUUCCUUGUCAGUUCUAUGUUGAAUAGCGGGUCUGUAGACCAAUUUGUUUUUGUGCCAUAUUUUGAAGACGCUUAAUCCUACCAACCUUUCUUAUUGUUCUAUAAUUACUGUUGUUAAAGAUUGUUGUCAGGAUAUAUAGUAUAGCAUUGUCAUUGAUUUAUGUUGUUUGUUACAUUCUUAUGGUUUUAGGUUUUAUUCAGAAUACAUUAGGCUUAAAGCCCACGAGUACAAAAUUG